UGAAAUUAACCGAAAUUGAUGCUUCGGAUCAUGAUAAUUAUAAUUAUGAACAACAACAACAACAACAUAGCUCGAUGAUGACAACAACCAUCAAUAAUAAUAAUAAAGAUGGUGAUAUGUCACUUUGGAUCGAUGAAAUGCAAGUAAAGCAAUUUUUCAAUGGAUUUCCAAUGAAAAUUCAUGCAAUUGUUGAUGGUGUUGUUUUACCAUAUGUUUUGGAUCCAAAUUUUGAAAAAUAUUUACCAAUAAUACCAUCACAAGUAACAUCAGUAAAUUUUACAUGGAAAUCUGGAAUAAAUCGAAAUUAUUAUUAUGAUUUUGAUCAAUUACAAUCAUUUAAUAAUGAUAUUUUAAAGGCACCCGUAUUAUCAAUCGAAUCAAAAGGUUUGGUGCCUAAACAGCCAAAAGUCUUUCAAGUUUUCAUUCCUUGUGUUGGAAAUCAAUCUGGAAUUGCAUCAUUUACAUUAGGAUUACGAAUAAUUAAUAUUGAUACUAAUCAAUAUGUUGCUGGUACACCGAUUCGUUUAAAAUUACAAAAACAAUGUACAUAUCAUGGUCCGGAUCCUGAAUGCGAUAAAAAAUGUGGUAAUAAUGGUUUUCUUGGUAAAUAUUGUGAAUCAGCACUUUGUUAUCCACAAUGUAUGAAUGGUGGAACAUGUAUUGCACCGGGUGUUUGUGUUUGUUCACAAGGAUUUCAAGGUUUACAUUGUGAGGGUGGAAUUUGUAGCCAAAAAUGUUUGAAUGGUGGAAAAUGUAUACAAAAAGAUUCGUGUCUUUGUCGACGUGGUUAUUAUGGUCCAAGAUGUGAAUAUUCAAAAUGUUCAAUACCAUGUUUGAAUAAUGGAAAAUGUGCUGGUGUUAAUCGUUGUCGUUGUCGUAAAGAAUAUUCUGGUUCACAAUGUCAAAUACAAACUAAUAAUACUAGAUUUCAUCGUUUUAAAAAUCGUAAUCAUAGAAAAAAAUCAAAGAAAAAAUUUGUAUAAUUUUAUUAUUAUUUCAACAGCAAAAAAAAAACAUUACAAGUUAAU